AUGGAGCUUCUUACCCAUGUUGUGACCACCAAAUUACCUCCAGGAUUACUUCCCAAUAAAUCAACCCCUCCCAGGCUACGUCUAACUGACCUCAAACGCUUUGAGAAGAUCAUAGAAGACCUCGCUCGGACUUGGGAGGAUGGCAGGAUAUCGUAUUCCAGGGAACAGAUGGGCGCUGGUUCCUCAGCUGAAGCCUCGGGUUCUAAUGGCUUUAACAAAGCUGAAGAAGGGACAAUGAUGAUUUGGGAAGUUACGUUGGGUGCGAAGGCAUUUGGAUUGUUGGAGACUGGGUCCAUCGGAGAUAGGACUUUGGAUGAGUCGAGCAGCGGAGGCCCUGGACUGGGAAAGAGAAAGCGUAUUGUGGACGAGGAUGCAGAUUCCGCGGCUGGGAAUGACGAUGACGACGACAUUUAUCAUGAAGGGACGAGGUCUCCUAGGCGCCAAACGGUCGGCGUUGGACUUGAAUUCGAGCCUGCGAUUGAUGGCGCUUCGGGAAGGGCGACGUCAAGCCUGGGUAACCUCUCCAAAGAACUGCGAGAGGUCUAUUCUAUUCUGCAACGCGGAACUGCAAAGGGCAGGCUCCUUGCUGAACAGUUUCGAUCAACAGAUGAAACGUUCGAGCCUAUCUGCCCCCAUAUCACCAAGGACGAAUGUGCGAAAGUUGGAAGCCUAUCCGGUAACAACGCACCUUGCUCGCAAAUCCAUUUCCGCCCUCUAAUACGACCACAUACCGACGUUACAUUGGGACAUUGCUCGUACCUUAACACCUGUUAUUCCGAGCCAACCUACUCACAAUCACCAUCAAUACCACCGUUCCCGGGAUCUGCUAGUUUAAGUGGGGGUGUCAACCUUGGAGGUAUCAAUCUCAAUGCCACAAAUGCUAGAGGGCCUGUUAGCCUCCCUAGCGGCCUCGGUGCUGGGGGAAGGGGAAAGGAGAAGGCCCCUUGUCGCUACCUUCACUACGAGGUUGAUUGGGACGGGGACGAGCGACGAGCUGAACAGGAACGAGAGAAAGAGAAGGGAAAGACCGUCAUUAAGAAGCCUUACAAGUUGGGUAUUGGGCUCGGCCCUAUGGGGAGGGAAGCUACGCCGUUGCCGCCACAGUGGAUCAACUGCGAUCUUAGGAGGUUCGACUAUUCAGUACUUGGGAAGUUCCAUGUCAUCAUGGCUGACCCGCCUUGGGAUAUUCAUAUGAGCUUGCCCUACGGGACCAUGACUGACGAUGAGAUGAGGGCGAUGCCAAUUCCGGCGUUGCAGGACGAGGGACUCUUGUUCUUGUGGGUGACUGGGAGGGCUAUGGAAGUGGGUAGAGAAUGUCUGAGGGUGUGGGGUUAUACAAGAGUAGACGAGGUUGUCUGGGUGAAGACUAACCAGUUGCAGCGAGUUAUCCGCACGGGUCGGACUGGCCAUUGGCUCAACCACACGAAAGAACACAUGCUCGUCGGCAUCAAGAAUCCUCCUGGCGUAACUCAAGGGUCAAAUACGGGGGAAACACCUACUCUGAAGUUCCCUUCGUGGAUCAACAGAGGCCUGGAUACAGACGUGAUCGUAUCUGAAGUACGAGAAACCUCUCGCAAACCGGACGAAGUCUACAACAUGAUCGAGCGCAUGUGUCCAGGAGGCAGAAAGGUGGAGAUCUUUGGACGGAAGCAUAACGUCCGACCUGGUUGGAUCACGCUAGGAAAUCAACUAGGCAAUGUGGAUAUGAUAUGGGAGGAAGAUUUAAGGGAGAGGGUGAAGAAGCGAUACCCGGAACGAACAAUCGCUGGAGGAGAUGAGAACGUGCAGUAG